AUGUCUUUAAGAGGCAUCCCCCCUAACAACCCCGAUCAUCCCCGCUGGCUCCUUAAUAUGAAGGAGUGGCGUAUUUAUGACUAUAGAGAAAUCGAGGCUGAAGUAAAAGAAAUUGGAUAUGGCAUUAUAUCCUACACUUGGGGAAUGUGGGAGGAAAGGGGCAAAGAAGCGCAAGGAACCCCAGAUGGUCUUUUGUGGAAGGUUCCGUAUAUCAGCGUCCUCCCCUUGGACACGGCCAGGGCGGUGAUGCAGAGCAUGGAAAUGAAAUAUGUCUGGUGGGACUGGAUGUGUGUACCGCAGGGAAAUAGAUACACUUUGUCUCCUGAACUCCUAAAAGUUAAAGGGGAGGAAAUCAGCAAGCAAAUGGUAAUAUACAAGGAGUCGAAGAAGAGUAUCGUCUGGGUCCAUCGUACGGAAUUGGGAAACCAUUCGACCUUAGAAAAGUUCUUGCUAGGGAAGUUACCAGCACGUGAGAAUAUCCAGAAAUACAUGGAGGAUGUUCAAAAGACACUGAAGAACAUCCAAGUUGAGGAGCCCUGGCUUACCUCUGUUUGGACCUUGCAAGAAGGGGUAUUGCUCAGUGAAACUAUACUACUAGACAUGAGCGGCGCAAAACUACCAGGUCCGAAAUUCUACCACAACGAUGGCCACGCGUCAGUGAUUGAUCUGACCGUGGGAAUCACUCAGUUUGUUAUCAAUGUGGCCAAAGCAUUCAUGUGGAUCAGUGAAGCCGAUAACGCUGAUAACCUUGAUGACACCCCAAUAGGGGACUUGGUUCAAUUUAUCCGCUCUAGUAAAGAGAACUAUGACUUUAUAGCUUGCAUUUUGGCACGGAUUAUUCGGACCGGACUGGUUUCUUAUGCGGGGGAAUCACCACUCUAUAUUUUGGCAGGGAAAGACAGCCGACGAUGCUCUCAACCAGAGGACAAGUGUUGGGCGCUGCUGGGUGCACUUGAGUUGGAGGGCAUAAAGCCCUGGUACAGCGAGGGACGUGAUAUGGACCAGGUCAAUGCAGUAUUCUUCUCCAGCUUGUUGAUGAAAUAUCAAUUGAAAUUACUGAUAGUCCCCGAAAUUAAUUAUUCACUAUCAUGGCCGAAGCGUGUCGUGGAGGGGACUAGCCUACCGCUGGGGGUUUUUUUUGGCAUCCAUUUGUAUGCCGAGCUACCAGAGUUGACAUGGGAGCCAGAAGACAUUGAUGGCAAAGACAGGUUGGUCCUCAAGGCUAGAGAAAGUUCGUCAUUUUCUUUGAUUCAACUGCACGGAUUAGGAUUUCAUAGGCGCUAUGAACAAAUUGACGGCUUCAUCCGAGUACAUAGCAUAGAGAGAGUCAGUGAUCCUCUCAAAGAGAAGCUAUUAUUCUUGCCUGUUGCCGAUAUGGAGCCAGCACAAGGACGAAAGGGUAAACGAUGCAUUUCAAUUGAGAAAGCAUACCGCAAUUUGGGUUAUUUCAAAGGCAUCGUUGAUAUUUUUAGCACAGACGAUUCCAUUACAAAGAUUACCUACCCUAACACUGAGUUUUCUGACUAUCGACUACUGGGAAGCAAAGCCUGA